AUGGAGGCGCUGAUUCCGCUGGUGAACCGACUGCAGGACGCCUUCUCCGCCCUGGGGCAGAGCCGCCGCCUGGAGCUGCCGCAGAUCGCGGUGGUGGGCGGUCAGAGCGCCGGCAAGAGCUCGGUGUUGGAGAACUUCGUGGGAGGUAAAGAUUUCCUUCCCCGAGGAUCAGGCAUUGUUACAAGACGUCCUCUGGUCCUGCAGCUGGUUAAUUCCAUUACAGAGUAUGCUGAAUUCCUACAUUUUAAAGGAAGAAAGUUCACUAACUUUGAUGAAGUCCGUCAAGAGAUUGAAGUCGAGACAGACCGGGUGACAGGGAUAAACAAAGGGAUUUCAUCAAUACCUAUUAACUUGAGAAUUUAUUCACCAUCUGUGUUAAACUUGACACUGAUUGACCUGCCCGGUAUCACUAAAGUGCCAGUAGGAGACCAGCCAACAGACAUUGAAUACCAGAUCAGAGACAUGAUCUUGCAGUUCAUCACUCGAGAAAAUUGCCUAAUUUUAGCAGUAACUCCAGCAAAUACUGACUUGGCCAAUUCUGAUGCACUUAAGCUAGCCAAAGAGGUUGAUCCUCCAGGUAUGCGAACCAUUGGUGUGAUAACCAAGCUUGAUCUAAUGGACGAUGGUACAGAUGCCAAGAAUGUUCUGGAGAACAAGCUCCUGCCACUUCGUAGAGGAUAUGUUGGUGUGGUCAACAGAAGUCAGAAGGAUAUUGACAGCAGAAAGGACAUUAAAAUGGCACUUUCAGAAGAAAGAAAAUUUUUUCUUUCUCAUCCUGCAUACAGACACAUGGCAGAUCGCAUGGGAACACGCCACUUGCAAAAGGAACUUAACCAGCAACUGACUAACCAUAUUCGGGAGAUGCUACCACCACUGCGAAGCAAACUUCAGAGCGAGAUGCUAGCUUUAGAAAAAGAGGUGGAGGAAUAUAAGGACUACCGACCUGAUGAUCCUGCCACAAAAAGCAAGGCACUCUUGCUAAUGGUAAAGCAGUUUUCUGUGGACUUUGACAAGAGAAUUGAAGGAUCUGGUGAUCAAGUGGAAACACUGGAAUUGUCAGGAGGUGCAAGAAUAAAUCGGGUUUUCCAUGAACGGUUUCCUUUUGAACUAGUAAAGAUGGAAUUUGAUGAAAAAGAGCUGAGAAGGGAAAUAAGCUUCGCUAUCAAGAAUAUCCACGGUAUCAGACCAGGUUUGUUUACACCUGAUAUGGCUUUUGAAGCUAUCGUGAAGAAGCAUAUUGUGAAAUUGAAGGAGCCUUGCAUAAAGUGUGUAGAUCUGGUUAUGCAAGAGUUAAUAAAUACAGUUAGACAAUGUAGCAUAAAGCUGGGUAGAUAUCCAAGACUGCGAGAGGAGACAGAAAAGAUUGUUUCCUGCCACGUACGAGAAAGAGAAGGAAAGACAAAGAACCAGGUGUUAUUGCUGAUUGAUAUCCAGCUGUCUUAUAUCAACACCAACCAUGAAGACUUCAUUGGGUUUACAAAUGCUCAGCAAAGAAGUAAUCAGCUUUCCAAGAAGAGCUCUGUUGAGAAUCAGGGCUCCCAUCUCCCACUGUUGAGACAAAUUGUGAUCAGGAAAGGCUGGCUUACCAUCAACAACAUUAGUAUCAGAAAAGGAGGCUCUAAGGAGUACUGGUUUGUGUUGACUGCGGAGAGUCUCUGUUGGUUUAAGGAUAAUGAGGAAAAAGAGAAAAAAUAUAUGCUGCCAUUAGACAACCUGAAAAUCCGAGAUGUGGAGAAAGGCUUCAUGUCCAGCAAAAGUGUAUAUGCACUAUUCAAUACAAAGCAGAGGAAUGUUUACAAGGAUUACCGUUAUCUGGAACUUGCUUGUGACACUCAGGAGGAGGUGGAUAGUUGGAAAGCAUCGUUUCUUCGAGCAGGGGUGUAUCCUGAGAAGUCCACUGCUGAGAAUGAUGAGGGAGCAUGUCCUGGUAACUUUUCUAUGGACCCUCAACUGGAGAGACAAGUGGAGACCAUCCGCAACUUGGUGGAGUCCUACAUGUCUAUUGUUAACAAGACUAUCCGGGAUCUCAUGCCCAAGACGAUCAUGCAUCUUAUGAUAAAUAAUGCUAAAUAUUUCAUCAAUGCAGAGCUUUUGGCCAGUUUGUAUUCCUCAGAGGAACAAAACACCUUAAUGGAGGAGUCACCUGAGCAGACCCAACGGCGUGAUGAAACUCUCCGCAUGUACCAUGCCAUUAAAGAAGCACUAAAUAUUAUUGGGGAUAUCAAUACCAAUACAGUUACCGUCCCUCUGCCACCUCCAGUGGAUGACUCUUGGCUGCAGUCUGGAUGCAGAUCUCCACCUCCUAGUCCUACAUGUCAGCGCUGGCACCCAGGGUCUGCUUACCCACCAAGCAGACCAUUUGCUGGGCGAAGCCAUGCCCCAGCAGGUUCUUCAGCAGGAGCUCCUCCCAUCCCAUCCCGCCCUGGCCCUCUCCCUCCUUUCUCCAGUACUAUCAGUACUGAUCCAUCUGGAGCUCCCCCACACAUCCCUUCAAGGCCAGCACGUGCUGCUCCCAGCAUCCCAAGACGUCCUGCUCCAGCUGUUCCUGGAAGAUUUACUUCGUAAAGCGACUAAUUUUCUAAUAUUGCUUUAAAAUAUUUGUAUUUUUUAAUUUUUUUUUG